AGGGAGGUAAUCCCACGUCAGCUGGCAGGUGCAGGUGGCUGCAGCAUUCCAGGAAACAAACCCCUCUUCCUGCGCUUGGAUCUCUGAUCUAACCAUCACAGAGAGGCGAGCAGAAUGGUGGAUGACGACCGCAGCAAAGCUACCCCAGGCUCGCACUCGGGGGUACGCAAGUUUACGCUGUCGUGUUCCCGCUGUAGGGCCGCGAAGCUAAAAUGCGACCGCAAAGAACCCUGUGUGGAAUGUGUCAAGCGUAAUAUUGGCCAUCUAUGUACCAAAGAUGAGCGACACCCGAGAGCCAAACGGUCCAAAACCGUGCACAGAGGAAAGACAGCGUCCAAGCACAAUUUGCCAUUGAAGGGAAAUGGUGAAGCGGAAGCAGAGGAGACAGCUCAGCUCUUGGAGCAUUUCGUCGAGGGAAUCCCUCGUUCGAGUUCUAUGGCGGCAACACCGAUUUCGAUCGCCCCAGAUUUUCCGAAUCGGUACUGGUCCGGUACAGACCCUGACCGACACGGCGAGAAGCUCGCUUUGAUCCGAGAGAUCGUCGAUGUACUGCCGGAGUGUGAGGUGAUUAAUGUGCUUUUUGAAGUAUUCGUCACUCGCUGCCAGGGCCCUUCGGGGAAUGUGGUGCAUACUCCGACAUUCAUGGCGCAAGCUGCACAGUUCGGCAGCUGCUUGAAUCUCGCUUCAGCAAACGAACGGGCUUCCGCGAUAGCCAAUGCAGUCACUAUGGAGACGCUGGGCUGUUACCUCUUGGCGCUCGUGCUCGGUCUCGCUUUUCAUCCUACACCCUCGAUAUUGGGGUGGGGUCCUACACCGUUGGCCUUACGCGUGGAAGAGCUACGAUCGUCCGAUUUGCGCGCCAAGAAAUGGAGGGCUCUGGGAUUACGCUGUCUCCAGGAUGGGGUGUCUCUCUUUUGUGGCUCAAUCGCUGGGUUACAGGCUGCAGUCAUGCUUUUACUCGACGGGCAAGAGGGCUCGUUGGCGCUGGACGCGGUUCUGGUCACUGCGAUCUCGGGGGCUCGCAGACUCGGGUUGCAUCGGCUGGGGGAUAUCAAGUUGGACGCAUGUGCAUCAAAUUCAGAACUAGUCGAAAACGGCAUGACAAUAUCGGCAGAAGCGCCAUAUAUUCGAAUAGAAAUAGGUACUCGCAUAUGGUGGGCACUCGUUCAAAGGGACUGGUCCCGCGGACAAGCCCUAGGCUACUACACCAUCCAACCAUCACAAUUCAACACCCGGAUGCCUUUGCACAUCAAUGACGAUGAUCUCUCUCUACCGACCGCGCAAACAGACAUCAAUGGACACAUCGCAGAGCGACCUCGAUCCGAGUUCACGAUGAUGUCGUACACUCUCCACGCCCUGGAAGUUAGCGGCAUUGUCCGCGAAUCCAUCGAGCUAUGUGAAUUACCAACACAUGAGCCCGACACAACCACCAAAUCGACCAGGUUGCGCAAACGUCUCAACAAUAAAUACGAAAAUUACGUUGCUGGCCUGCCGGCGUAUUUCCGACUGGGAAGCACGGUCGGACUUACCGCCACCGGGAGUCCGAUGGCGGCGAUCCCUGUGCAACGCUGGAUGCUACAUCAACAACUGUGGAGCUUACUGCUUCGACUGCAUCGUCCCAACCUCUCAUCGCCGAUCGGCCGUCCUUUCUGCCAGCUUUUAGCGCAGAAUAUUAUCGGUACCCAGGGUCAGAUUCAAGCGCGAUGCACGGUCUGUGGCUCGCUGUCGACCAGCGAGAUGCAGCUUUUCAACGCGGCUGUGGUGUUGCUACUGGACCUGAUCUUCACGUCCAGGUCAGGGGAUGAUAUGAACAGUGCCAGCGCACAACACCUUAGCCGACUGAUGACUCGCGACAAAAUCCGGGAAGCGAUAGAAUUGCUACGAGCUGAGAACGUCAAGAAGGGGCCAUUGACGCUCCACGCUCCGUACAGAGAGUCAGAGGCCGAAGGGCCCGCUCAACGCUGCGUCGUUGCUCUGGAUGCCUUGAUGAGACUCGAGGAAGAAGACGAUCACGAUCAAGACGACAGUGCUGCGGCUAAAAGCCUUUCCGGAGAAAAGCUGGCUGCUGUAAAACUUAGGGUCGCGGGUAUCCUAAAAGCCUUGAGCAGAAAUGGCCUGGAUCCUACUGGGGCAUCCGGACAAAAGCACCAGCAAGCCCCAUUCGAGACCUUUUCACCAUUUAACCCACUAUUACCAUUUGUCGAUGGUGGCGUCGCCGACGUAAUUCCGGAUCUGGACGUGCUGCCGGUUCUUUCCCACGGUCUCGUCAGCCCAGAAGACCUUUGGCAACGGCAGUUCUUUGACUUUCCCCUACUACCGCUUGAUUCUUGCGAUCCAUUCCCUAAAGAUAUCCCGUUUGCUACACUAGGAGACGAUCUCCCUGGCGUCCUUGAUAUGGGCGGUUCGGAUAAUACUUCGCCACUUGCCGACUCUUACAAUAGUGAAGGCGUUACUCCUGGUACGCGUAUGACGCAUGGCUCGUCUUUGUCCUCUACAUAAUGGAUUUACGGUUUGGGGUGAAGCGAAUGACUUGACCACAAUCCGCUCGAACACCCAUGCCUACGUUGCUGUCAUGUUGAACCCUAUUGGAAGUAACGUAAUAUGAGGGCCUAUAGACUAUAGUUAAUUCCGCGAGGCUGCGGCUAAGAGAUAACUCUGUCGUCUCGUCUAGUCAAGCGUCGUCACAGCUGCCUCGUGCAUAAGCCAUUCCAGAUCUAUGGUUCGUAAGCAGUCUUCGCGAAACCGUCGGUCGUUGUGCUUAUCAAGUAAGAGCUAGGCAGCAGGAGAAUAGUACAUACGACCACAGGGUGUGGAAAACAGGGCUUCCCGUCCGCUCAGCCGUACUUAAGCCACACGCCGGGAGGUUAGUAGUUGGGUGGGUGACCACCAGCGAAUCCCUUCUGUUGUAUGUUUUU